CCAUGACGACGCGCGACUUGCGCCCUAAAAAGCCGUUUGAGCCGAUAUUGAGAGAUAGAGAUAUUUAUAUAUAUUUAUACAUUUAAACACAAACACAAAGCGAUUAACUGAACCUCCAGGGACUGCACAAAAAUGUCUGAGCUUACUAACUUGUACGCAUGUUUCAAAUACUUGAUGAUGUUCUUCACUGGAAUCAUUUCCGUUGCUGGCGGUGUGCUGUUAGGACUGGGUCUCUGGAUUAAAUAUGGAGCAGGCUCCUUCAUACAAGCUAUCGGCCCUUUCUCAACGCAGUUUAUCAAUAUUGGGUACAUCUGCAUCGGUGUUGGAUCUGUGCUUGUAGUCGUUGGUCUGGUUGGGUGUUGUGGAGCCUGGAAAGAGAACCGAUGCCUUCUUCUGCUACUCUUUUGCAUAGUUUCAGUUGUAUACAUUGCUGAGGUUGUCGGAGCUGUACUCAUCUUCAUCUAUAAGGAUAUAGUGGAGUCUGUUGUUCGUAACGUCAGCCGGGACUCCUUAAUGAAUGCCUACGCUGGUCCUGUCGCAACAGACUCAGUAUCGCAGGCGUGGAACUUCAUUAUGUUAAAGUAUCACUGUUGUGGGUUCGAUAACUAUACAGAUUUCACUGGAUCCCAGUUCAGUAAAUCCACAGGGCUGUCUUACCCUAAGACCUGCUGUGUGAACCUAAAAGAUCUGGAAUGUGACGGAAAGAAUAUGCAAACGACUCUCAUUCACGCAAAGGGUUGUUUCCGGUCGAUGAUUUCAGUGAUUCAGCAACAAAGCACGAUUAUUGGUUCGACGGCUGCUGGAAUUUGUGUACUAGAGGUGGGGACUAUGAUUGUGUCUGCGGUCUUGUUUGUAAGAAUUGGACAACGCAAAUAAGAGGAGAAGACAUUCAUGAAAUGGAACUUCAUAGCAGCCCUUCGUUUAACAUGCAUUUCCUUUACCCUGCACUGAAACAUUGCCUUCAAACAGAUUAUUUUACCCCUUCGUGUUGUGUUUAUCGUUGUAGAUAUGUUUUUAAAUAAUACAAAUAAAUCUGGUGGUACCUCUUCAAAUUGCCUACCUAAACCCUCUCUUCUGCGCAGUAGAAUGCAUGUUGUUUAUUUGCAUGCAUUGGUUUCCUUAGCAUCUUUUUCACGCAGUAAUUUGUAGAGUCUGUUACACCAGUGAAUACAAACAUGGUCAUUUUGGCCACCAGAUACCAU